CCUUGACGCAUGCGCAGCAUCACUUGCCACCGGAACCACUUUCGGGACCGUGGAUAACUUGCCGGAGUGUUGGUGUGGCCUCCUUGCUGGUGCUGUUGUGAGUCCUCGGCGUGGUGGUGACGUGUGUGCUGUGAGAGGCUCGGCGCGGCCACUCCCACGCCAUGCCCAACGUUCUGGCCUUCUGACGGGGCGGACAUACCACAGGAGCUCCGCAACACCCAGCCGGCCGGCCAGCCAACCAGACAUCGCGCCAACCAACCCACCAGACAGCCAGACAGACACACCCACCUGUCCCUCCUUCCUGUCCCGUCCUGCCUGCCCCUUCUCCCUUCCCAUUCGCACAAACUUACAAGAGGAAACCCUCUCAAAUAGCCAAAGAGGACGGGUGUAUCACAUAAUCUUCUAGUCUCUCUCUCUCCCUCCUCCCUUCCUCUGCUUCUGUUGCUUCCACUGCUCCUUUACUCUUUGCUCCGCCAUGGCUCGCGCGGGAGACACAGGAUACUGGUGCUGCUGCUGGAGGGUGCUAGUGGUGAUGCUAGUGAUGGUGUUGGGUGCUGCCUCCGCCAAACUUAUCUACGUGGAGGAGAAUCUGCCACUACCGGGAGAGGAGUCACCGCCCGGGUCUCCAUGGCCGCUGCCUCGGGAGUGGUCACAUUCGCCCCAGCAGGUGACCCUUGACCCAGCCACCUUCAUCAUCUCUGCUGACCUCCUCGGUUGCAACGUCAUCGAUUACGCCAUCCACAGGUACCUGAACUUGACCUUCAUUGGCGGGGACACUAAGGCUGAUGUAGGCCUGCCGGUGCUGCCCUUCCUCAACGUGACCGUGUCCUCGGGAUGUGACCACACGCCUCAUCUCAACCUGGAUCCUGACUAUGAGUCCUACACACUGGAGAUAACGCAGACUGAGGAAGGUGUGUCUGGACGGCUGGACGCACACACAGUGUGGGGUGGCCUGAGGGGACUGGAGACUUUCUCACAACUGGUCCACAUUGCUGAGCCAGACAACGUGUACCGCCUCAAUGUCACUAAGAUUAAAGAUGCUCCCAGAUUCCCUCAUCGCGGCCUGCUUGUGGACACUGCCAGGCACUUUCUCCCUAAGAAUAUUCUGCUUGAUGUGCUGGACUCAAUGGCGUGGAACAAGCUCAAUGUUCUUCACUGGCACAUUGUUGACGACCAGAGUUUCCCCUAUGAGUCAAGAAUCUUCCCUAACAUGUCCCUCUAUGGUGCCUACACACCUCGCCACGUAUACACACAGGGGGAUGUCAUGGAUAUUGUUGAGUUUGCAAGGUACCGAGGCAUCCGAGUCAUCCCAGAGUUUGACACACCAGGCCACGCACAGGGCUUUGGCAAGGCUUUCCCUCAUCUUUUGACUCCUUGUUAUGGAGAUGGCAAGACAGCAGGCACCCCAAAGUAUCCUUUCCAUGCUGCCUAUGAGAACCUUGAUCCAACAAAUCCACAGGUGUAUGAUUUCCUAAAGGCUUUCCUGGUGGAUCUGAAGCACACCUUUGUGGACGGCUACAUUCAUAUGGGUCUAGAUGAGGUGUUCUUGCCUUGCUGGAAUAGUUCACCUGUUGUCCAUGAAUUCAUGGCCAAACACAACUACACGGAGGUGCGUGAUGUAGAGCAGCAUUAUGUUGAGAAGGUCCUUGAGCUGGCUGAGCUGACACCUCUUAAUUACAUCACAUGGCAGGAUCCAGCUGACCGUGGCACCAAGAUGCAAAACACAAGUGUGGCUCAGGUGUGGAAGGAUGUGUCCCCGUCCAAGAUGCGAGGCUGGCGGGAGUAUGUGCGUGACUUGACAGGGGCUGGACAUCAGGUCAUUGUCUCCUCCUGCUGGUACAUCAACUACAUCACCUAUGGCCAGGACUGGAAGAACUUCUAUAAGUGUGACCCAACUGACUUCCAAGGAACCCCACAGCAGAAGGCACUGGUACUGGGUGGUGAGGCAACUAUGUGGGGGGAGUAUGUGGAUGCCACCAAUCUGCUGCCCAGGCUGUGGCCAAGGGCAUCUGCAGCAGCGGAGAGGCUUUGGUCUGUGCCGUUGAGUGAGGCGCCUUCUGUGGACAUUGCAGCCUAUCGCCUUGACCAACACCGCUGCAGGAUGCUGAGGCGAGGUGUUCCAGCCCAGCCCAUCCUUAACGGCUACUGUGGGGAGUGGGAGGUACCUCAGGUGGUCACUAUGUCCACACCCCCUCCAACCACCACCACCACCACUACUACCACCACCACCACCCCUCCACCGACUACCACCACUGUGUCAACCACAACGGCCUCUACUACUCCCUCCACAACAACAACUACCACCACGCCAUCCACCACAACCACCAGCACCACCACCACCACACAGCCAACCACCUCAGCAACCAAUCCCCCGGUAGAGGUUCCAGCAGGUGAUCAGACGCAAGGAGAGAGCCAAGGAGAGCAACCAUCCUCAGCCGCCAUUACUGUACCUCCGCCAGCAGCCACUCCUGCACCAGAAGCCACCCAGAAUGAGUCUACAGGUGGUGGUGGCCGGUGAAGGAGCGAAACGGCAGCGACUACUACUACAGGAGCACCACCAGUCCUCCUAUCUCAUGCAUUUGCUGCCUGAUGUGUCCCCAGCCUCUAGCACACUACUCUCACCAUCAGGAGGAAUCUUAAAACAACUACAAUAUGUGCGAUUUUGACCUAGGACCUCUUCAUGUUAUCAGAAUUUUGGGAACGUCAGUGCUGUGUGUUAGUGUAAGGAAACAAGUAUCUCAGCCAUAUCCUGCGCCACGCCAUGCCUCACUCCUGCCCUGCCCACAGCGCUCCAGUGCCCCGCCGCCCCGCCACCACCCUGUUGCUCCCUUUACUUAGUAGCUCCAUCUGCCUUUCACUCGCAUUGUUGAAUACUGCAUUUUACUAUUUUUAUAUUAUUCUUAUUCAAUAUACUCUCACGCAUCAAUCCAUAGGGCCCCAAGAGAGAGAGAGAGAGAGAGAGAGAGAGAUGUGUGUUAUACUAUUUUCAUGUUGCCUAUUCCGGUAACAUAUCUUGAAUAAUAAAGAUUUGAGAAGA